GCGUUCUACAUUCUUCCUUCCUUCCUCCCCCUGCAGAUGCACAGCGACCCAAAUGAAUGAUCUAUCAGCAGCCUCGAGGGAAAAGAUCAGGAGAGGAUACCGCGCUUGCCUCCACUGCAGGUCUCGCAAAGCAAAGUGCGAUCUCGGAGACAUUGACGCGCCCUCUUCUCCGCCAUGCAGCCGAUGCAAGCGCGAAAGCCGAGAAUGUGUGUUUGCUCCCUCUCGCCGGGGAGGAAACAACAAGAAGAGGGCACGUACGGAUUCAGAAGACAUUUCCAGAGAGGACGAAGAUCCGCCGCGCCCACUGGGUCGUUCCACAGCCGAAGUUACGUCGGGCGAAGAACAUUCCUCCCAGACUUUUCCGUACCCUCAACCGCCUCCACAGCCCCGACAUCCAUCUGUGCAUAAUCUUCUAGGUCAUUCUCCGCCACCCGCUCGAUACCGUCAGCAUUUCGGCCAUACAUCUUCCAGUUCACAAUCGUCUCCUCAAACUAGCUUUUCCGCCGACCAUGCAACUCCACAGACCCGACCCACACUGUCUAAUGUUCAGUCUCACACAGCCACAGGAUACCCAGACUCUCCUCCUUCACCCAGACGAAGACGCACGGCCAAUCCACCGUUGCACGCUGCCGAUCCAAGUAGUAUUGUUGUAGCAGACAUGCGUAAUGAGAGUGAUGCGUUGCAGAUCCUUGCGCUUGCUAGUGGUCAGGCAGCAAAUAGGGAUGGUGAAGAAGAGAGAUCUGAUAGGCAUGACGGCCAUAGCGUGCCAGGCACUGUCGAUUCUACAGGUAUGGGAGGUCAUCAGCAGCAAAUGAGGGGAGCGCCGUCGUCUCCGGAAAAAGAAAUGCAGCUGGCAAAGCUGGCGCAGUUCCCUCUGGUUAAAUUGGGAAUCCUCAGCGUUGAGCAGACGACAAGACUUGUGGACAUGUUUUUCAGGUGUCACCAUCACUUUUUCCCAAUUAUUCCCUCGGAUGGCAUCCCAAGGACGCUUGAACAAUUAUCCGUCUUUGCCCAAAACGAAAAAUACCUUUUGGCGACCAUCAUCAUCAUUUCGAGCCGGGUGGAAAACACGCCAGAGAUGAGAGAGAUCCAUGAACGCUCAUGGGCAGUCAUGCGCAGGUGGAUCUCCAAAGUCCAAUGCCUCGGUGAACCACCCACCAUAGGCCUCGUCGAAUCCCUCCUUUUACUCGCCGAGAACCUGCCACGCACUUCACGUGAGAUGAUGUCUGAUGAUUCUACCGAGACGGAUGCGAUAGAAGAGCCGCACGGUGUGGAGAACAGGCAGGCUUGGCAGAUGAUAGGUUUGGCGGUGAGGAGUGCGUAUGAGAUGGGGUUGGAUAAGUUGGGUCUGCAGUUGAUACCGGAGACAGAGAGAACGCUGGAGUUGGAGAGGGCAAAGUUGGUUUGGGUCUACUGCUACCUUUUUGACAGACAUGUCUCUAUGCGACUCGGUAAAGGUUUCUGGACACGAGGUGGCGCAGUCUGUUUCCAAGGCUACUCUUCCUCUGCUCAAACUGGCCCUGCCGCUGCUCUCGUCAAUUUCCCCUUUUUACGCGAAAUCAGGCCUGGCGAUCCUCAUAGCGAUCAUCCACAAGAUGACUUGGGUAGUUUGGUACAGGCGUAUCUGGAACUGACGAUGAUGAUGAGUAACGCGCAUGAUGUACUUUAUCCUAAUGCGGCGAGAACAAGGUCACUUGUUGUUUACGGAGAGUACUUCAAAUAUAUUGACGAAAUGGCACGAUCGCUGGAUGGGUUCAAGAUUUUAUGGCGACGUAAAAAAUGGACACUGUUCCCUCUCACUGACACUGUCUGGGUCAUGUUCUACUACAUACAGCUCUAUAUAUGUGCCUUCAGUUUCCAAGCGCACGUCGAACGGGCAACUAUCCGAGGCGAAGAAGAGUACAAACUCUUGGAACAACGGCACAAGGAACAAGGAGGUACGACAAAACUCGCCAAACCGUCUCUCAGUCUUUUCCCGCGGGGUGCUGCUCAAAGUCCCGAUGCGCGAUACAUUUUCCAAAUGUGUGACGCCGCGAGAGAACUUAUACACAUUUGCGUGGAUAAUCUGUACCCUGGUGGAGCGCUGCCUUAUCUGCCUUCAAGGUUCUUAUUGUGGUUCACGUAUGGAGCGAUUGUGCUGUUGAAAGCUAUUUACUCAGGGGCUAUGCUCAGAGCGGACCACAAAAGAACCCUUGAUUUGAUUGACCGGCUUUGCACUUGCUUUGCUCAGUGCUCGACAGACGAAGAGUACCCCGCGGUACGAUACGGCAAGCAGCUCGAAGCACUCCGCAAUAAGCUUGCCGGGUUAUCAGACGUCAAAAGCACUCAAAGCCCCAAUGGCUCUCAGACGGUCAGACUUCCUCGUACGCAAAACCGGGCCCCAGAGGUCCGCGUCAGUCCAUCCCAGACUUCUACCUCUCCCAAUACAGUGCCUCCGCCCCAACAGUUUGACCCACGGCCGUCGACAUUUCAACCUGCCCGGCCUCAUGCUAUGCCAAACGAACACGCCGUCAAUACGCCGACGUGGCAGUUACCGGUCUUGCAGCAGUACACUCAGCCAGUCACAUUCCCAUACCCUACAACCCCAGUCUCCUUUACUACGGGUCCUUCUACAGAAAUGUCUGCGCCAUACGUCGCGCCGCCGCACCAACAGCCAUUCAUGGAAUUUGGUGUGGCGCAGUCAUCAGACGGUUUGAAUUUGGGUAUGAACGACCAUCAUAACUUGGGGUUCACCACGCUUGAUGAUUGGUUUGGGUUCGGAACAGCCGGUACGGCUGGUGGAGCUGGCCAAGGUGGGAAUGGAGUGGAUGAUCCGAUGGGAUUGGCGAAUGUCGGGUUGGAUCUGCAGGAUUUCUGGAUGAACGUCGGGCCGGGUGAGGCUCAAGGAGGGUUCCCGUUCCGAUAAACAGCGUUUCUUUCCCUGUACUUUUGUUACGACUAAUACAGAGCGAUUAAUGUUAGGAUAAUGUAUUACUAGUUAAU